AUGAAUCCCAAUUCAAGGGGAAUGAAAUGUUUAGAAAUGGUUUUUAAGCCUAGUCUACCAUAUAAGCCAGUGAAUUUGCCAUCAAAUGGGCUUUCCACGAGCAAAUCUGCUGAAGUUUUGAGGACAGAACAUUCUAAUUUAAAAAGUGACGAGCUUGAUUUAGAUAAUAUUCCAAUAUUGAUUAUUCAAUCCGAUGAAGAUUUACUUCCAAAUGGUGACCUAAUACAAUUAGACAGUACGGUUGAAUAUCAACAUUUAAAUGCAUUCAUGCUUGAAGCCAAUAACUAUCAGGACGUUCAAAAAUUAGAUGGAAUCUUAGCUGAACAUAAUUUUCCAGAAGCUGGAGAUUUGGAAAUAGAAAAAAAUGUGUCAGAGCAAUCCCAGAAAGUUAUAGAAGACGAAAAUAUUACCGAGGAAAAUAACAAUUAUAAAGAAUCAUCAGAAACUGCAUUUGUGCCUGGAAAAUGUGAUAUUCAGACUAAAUAUCAGAAGGCUGUUGAAGUAGACGACGAGAAUGAGAUCGAAAAUGAAAUUAAAUACAGUGAUGAGUCAUCAGGAAGUGAGUAUGUACCGGAAGAUAGGGGAAAUCAGAGUAAAGAUCAAUCUAAGGCAGAACCGAGGGUAGAACAGUCAGAAAACGAAAACCAGGAUGUAGAGAAAAAAAUAAAGAGAGUUAGAAGAUGCCAAGUUAAUGAACUGAAAUGGAGUGAUCGAAUGAAUCGACUAAAGAGGGAAAGUGGACAGAGUUACUUGGGUAGAAAAAGAAUUGAGAACAAUUGGCGAUAUGACAUUGAAAAACCACCAAAGGAAAUGAAAGUUAGGUGUGAUUGUCACACACAAAUGGAAGUGGAUUCAGUUCAUUCCACCAUUGAAAGGAAAAUAAAAAAGAAAAAUAUCAAUGUACCGGCAGAUUACAUUAAUAUUUGUGAGACUGCUUGUAAAAUACCUUACACUGUGAAAUAUCUAGACUAUCACACCUUUUUCAAAAGAAUGGAUAUUUUGAAAUUUUAUAAGUCAAUCAGACCAGGAAAUACAGUUGGUGACCCACAUGUAACGGAUUUGAAGCAAAUAAAGUACACAAAAGAUGGCAUUUUUUAUAAACUAAGAUAUUCGGACGAAGUUUUAAAUGUAACGAGAAAUAAUAAGAUUGAAAUGAGACCAUUUGAGGAAAUGCCACCCUUAUAUAAUGAGAGGAUUAAAAUUUCUAGCGAAAAGUAUAAUCACCUUCAAGUCUUGAAGAAAAGUUUACUGCCGGAUUAUCAUUUAUUUUAUGACAAUUUGCCUCAUGUUUAA